CUUCGCUUUUGUCUUUUCGGCUGCUCUAGAAUGCGCUCCAUGAAAAGGAUAGUGUGACUGUGCGUGUUGAGGUCGAUCCCUCACUCGCGAGAGUGGGGUUUAGCGAAGCGUUCACCAAGUUUUUUUAUUCUCGAUUGACGAGCAUCGACAGGAUUGCUCCUCUCCGAACCUUGCUUUCGUCUUUUUCGCAUUUUUAUUUCGAGGGUUUUUGAGACUUCGUGUAGGAGGAUAAGGCAUGAGGAUACGUUUUGAGAUUACGGGCCUUAGACUCCCGCUUCGCCAGCGUGAUAGAACCUUCCGGCAUUUCUGUGGACUUGGAAUGGAUGCAGCAAAUUGUGUGUCGCUUUCUGGGCUAGUUUAGUUAGAUACUCAUUUGCAAAUGGCUGCGAAUCACCUGGUUCAGUGAGUGGUUCUGCCAUAGGCAAUCAUGGGAAUUUGUGGGUUACAAGACAAGUGAUUUUAUUUCGCUCUUUCGAAGGGGAAUUUCAGAAUGAAAAGCUGAGGCAUUGGACUGGGGCUUAUGCUCUAAAUUUGAUUCAUGUUGCGAAUUGCUGUAUAAGCCGGACAGCGAGGAGCUAUGGCUACUCUCUGUAAUUCCAAUCUUGUAAGUUGCGCAGGAAAUCUUGCUGCUGGCAGUUCAUUGUCUGAGAUUUGUACUGGAAGAAGAAUAAGCUUGUCGUUUAUGUUCAUUGGGCGACCUCUAGAUUUGGGGCAGAAAUUAGACUUGACGAAAAGGAUAAGUGCUAGGCGGAAUUCCCGUAUCUUUAGUGUAUAUAAUCCUUCUGUCGUUGAGGAAAGCAAUCAAAGUGAGGACACUGAUGCAGACUUAAUCGAAGAAGCAGCAGAAGAAGAGAUUAGAAGAACUGUCGGAGUGUUUUGGGAUUUAGAUAACAAGCCGCCUAAGGGCGUAGCGCCUUACAAGGCGGCCAUUAGCCUCAGGGACCUAGCCAGCGAGUUUGGACUCGUGGUGGACAUGGUUGCAUACGCGAAUCACCACGCAUUCACAUACGUGCCGCAGUGGAUCCGAGAUGAGAGACAGGAGAGAAAAAGACUUAGCGUGUUGGAAGAGCAAGGCGCCGUGAAGCCGGAAGAGCCCUAUAUUUGUCAAUUUUGCGGUCGGAAAUGCCAAACGUAUUUGAAGUUGCUAAAGCAUUUCAAGCAGCUGCAUGAGAAAGAACGCACCAAAAGAAUGAACCACUUGAAGACUCUGAAAGGGAAGAGGCGGCAGAAAUUCAAGGCAAAGCUGGCUGAGAAAGAAGACAAAUACCAGGCUAUCGCUACGCAGCUCCUCGUGCCCAAGAAAGGUUACGGCUUAGCGACCGAACUUAAAAGGGCGGGUGUUUAUGUGAGAACUGUGGAGGACAAGCCUCAAGCAGCAGAUGAAGCUCUCAUCAAGCACAUGACUGAUUACAUUAACAAGGGACUAGAAACCCUAAUAUUAAUAUCAGACGACUCUGACUUCGUCGAUAUCCUGAGGUUCGCUAGCAGACGGAAUUUGCAAACAAUUGUGAUAGGUGACCUAAUGGUAUUAAGCAAGCAUGCGGACAUCUCAUUCUCGUGGGAUGAAGUAGCAUCUGGAAGAGCGCAAUUGGCAGCCGCAGAAGCGCAUAAAGAAUGGACCAACAAGGCUGCGUUAAUUAGGGAGCUUGAGGAUGAUUCUUACUUGUCUUCCGAGCAGGAGGAUUCUGAGUUCACGACGGUGCGAUCGAGAUUAAGAAUCUCAACCUUUUCCGAGGAGGAAUUCUUCGACUCGGACGACGACGUCGAUGAUGAUGAUGAAGCCUUUGACGACUAUUCCGAUGAUGAGGAAGAAUCCGCAUUUGAAGAUUUCUCUCCGUGGAGUAGACGAGCGGCAGGUGACAUCAAUAAGGUAUACUAGGGAAUUUCUCCAGGAAAUUUUCUCCAGGAGCUGCGACGCAGUCAAAUUAUUGGGAUGAUGUUAUGCCUCAGUUGCCAAAAUCUUGAUGACAUUGAAGAGAACUGGCAUAUUGCCUAAGACUGUUGUUCGGCACAUGACCGAUCUCGAUAACGGAAGACCAACUAAUCAAUUGCAUUGCAUCAAUGCGGUGAGAUAGUAUUUCCUCAGUAGAUGAGUGCAAACGCACAACGUGAAUGUGCCAUGCAUUUUAUGUUACACACUCAGACGUGAGAGAGGUCUGUCGAGUGUAUCGGUGUGAGGAGCAAAGUUGAAUGCAAACAUGAAUCUCUGGUUGCAUGAGGUUCAUGAUGUGAUGCGGGUAGUUUAGUUUAGUUCAGUUUUUUUUUUUAAUAAAUAAAAUGGAAAAAAGAGUAUGUUGAACUGUUGCGUGAAA